AAUAUAUUAUUUUAUGCUUUCAUCAUCAACAUCAUGUGAAUGAAGUUGCGUGGAGCCAUUUUCCACUUUGUGUGACACUGUCCCUUCCUUCAUUCACCUCACCACACCUCUUUCUAUGUUUUUUGGAACAGCUUUUGCUUCUUUAUCACUCUGCAACACAACAUCAUUUGUACUUGGAACCAAACCCAUUUUUUCCCAUUUUUCACUUUCAUAAUCCUUCUUAAAUUUCAUUGUCUCAACAUAAAUAAACAUUAAACUAUCCAAAAAACCAAACACCAUCACUUGCUGUUUUUUCAAGCUUUGUACUUGUGUUCUAUUAGUUACAAAAGUCAAUGCACUUAUGCACCCCCUUUUUUUCUACACCUCCCAUUUGGAUCUGAAUUUCUUCUAGCUCAUUCUCAUUGAUGAAAGUGUCUCAUUGAUGAAACUUCUCAAAAUAUUUCUGGGUUUUCACUAAUUCAUCGUAAAAACAAAAUUUUUAUGAUUAUUUUCAUGAAUUUCUCAAGUGGGUCAUUUUUUCUUCUCAUGGUUUUUUGAGGUUGGAGCUUCUGAAAAAUAAAGGUGGGACAGACAUGUAUUAUUUUUUGUCUAAUGUAGACAAAUUGUAAGAUCCAAGAGGACAAGAUCAUAAUAUUUCUAAGGACUUAGUCAUGUAUAAACCAUUUGUGACAUGUGAUGAUCCAAAAGGAGUUGUUGAGUGUGGAAGUAUAAGGAGAUAUAGGUCAAAUUCUCACAAAAUGAAGGAUAAGACAAAGAGCCGAAAGCCGGCCGAAAAUUUAGAGACAAAUAAACAAGACAAAGAAGAGAAGGUAUCAAAAGGUUCUACAGAAAGAGAUUUUGAUCCAUCUUCUUUGCAGCUUGUGGAGGUAUCUAGAGGUGCCGCAAAGUUGAACAACAUGAUUGAGUCGUGGUCUAGAGGUGUGAGGUACGAUGGAAAAUCCGAUGAUAUCGCAAAGGAUUUGUUAAAAGGUGCUCUUGAUUUGCAAGAGUCUCUAGAGAUGCUUCGACAGGUGCAAGAAGCUUCGAAUAGUAUGAGUCGAUCGAAGAGAAGACAAGAGGAGAAACAUGAAAGAAGUAAAAUUGAUGCACAUGUGAAUGAUGGAAAUAGAUCAACACAUUCUAAUCAAUUUUUUGAACACAAUUCAGCUUAUGGUUCUUCAAGUAGUUGUAGAGAGGAACUUAAGAAAGUGAUUAAGGAGAGUUUGGUUCGACAAAAUCUAUUCCAAAGCACAAGUACUUCUGAAGGAUUGGAUUCAGCUUCAGCAGCAUUCCCUUCUACAAGCUCAAGCCAAUCAUCUGUUGUUUGGUAUGACAAACUUUCUGAUUCUUCGUGUUCACCGACUUUUCCAAGGAAGGAAAAAAGUACCAAUCUUGUUGCAAAGUUGAUGGGAUUAGAACAAUCCCCUUCAAGAACAUUUCCAUCUGUCAUGCAAAAACAGUCUGAGAAUCAAAAGAUUGUGAAUCAGAAGAGACCUGUGUUCGAGAUUGACACACCGAAGUUAAGAAAGCAUAGUUCAAUAUUUGAGAAUCCAGAAAGAGAGAAGACACUAAGGGAAAUUCUUGAAACUACUCAUUUCAAUGGAUUGUUAAAGUGUAGUCCUAUUAGAGAGCACAAGCUUCAUAAUCAUGUCAAUCAUUCAAAUGAUCUUCAUUACAAACAGUUUGAUGAUUUACCACCGAUUGUACUCAUGAAACCUCGGCGCGCUUCGUAUCAGGAAUUCGUAGAAACGUACGAGCCGGUUCCUCGAGAAGAGUUUUCCUUUAGAAAUCCAAAAGCAAAAGGAGCUCCUUCAAAAACCUUCAAACCAAGGGAGGGUUCAACUACCAAUAUGAGAAAAGAGACGAUGGAAGAAAGUCUAUCCAAAAGGUUUAUCAAAGAGGAGAGAUCGAAGCGCGUCAACGAGUUUUUGGAAUAUGAUGUGAAAGAAAUCAAGGCUGUUGAAAACAAGAAGGUUCAAAAAGCUAGUCAAAGAUCACAGGCAAGUGAAACAGUUGAUGAAAAAGCUAAGGUAAAGAACAUUACAAUUCUCAGAAAACCAAUACAAAAGGAGGUUUCAAAAGCUAAAGUUGUAGCGAAAGCUCAAGAUCAAGGCGAAAUCAGGUCUAGUAGUGAAAAGUUGAAAAAGCCGCGAAGUGUGUCGAGGAUUGAGAAGAAUGAGAUUCCAUCUAGAAAGAGCACUUCUUCAAAUUCAAAUACUGCCAUCACAAAACCAAAGACACAAAAGGUUAAUAGUUCAAAGGAGUUGAGAAAGAGUCAGAUGAAGAAGCAAAUAUCUGUUGAUUUGCCGGAAGCAGCUAAAUCGAUUGAUGAAAAAUUAAAGCAAGAAGAAGGAAUGAGUAUCGAUGUUUCUUGUAAAGAUGAUUGCGCUGAGAUUAAAAUAAUCACUACAGUAACAGAAGAUCUCAUCAUGGAGGAUGAAGUAGACACCUAUGCAAAUAAGACUCGAGAUAAUUGCGAGGAGGGCCAGAAUUCUUCGGUUGAUGAUGUUUUGAUGCUAAAUUAUGAACAUGAAAAUGAUACCAUCCCUGCCGAGGAAGCUUGUGACACCACCGGCGUCAGUGAAACUUGUUUCAAGCACGACACAGACAUUGCUGAAACCACCUGUAUCAGUGGAACCGAUUUCGAGCCAGACAAAGACACUUCUGAGCUGAAAUAUUUGCUUCUAACUAGCAAAUCAUUUAUUGACCAUGCAGAUGAGUUUCUCAAUCUUGAUAUCGAUUAUCCUAAGAUCCUACCAAAGAUUGAAACUAAUGGAAUAGCCAAUACAAGACUCUAUUUGGAUUGCGCGAACGAACUCGCCGAGAGAAAAAGCCUUCAAGAGUCAUCACAAUUAGUUCACCCCUUAUUGCUAACUUGUGUAGGGAAUUCAAGAUUGCAAAUCUCUUUGAGCAGCUUGGUUGAAGAAGUUGACAAUGCAAUUGAGAAGCUUACAUCUUACAGUGAAAAUUCUGAGACUAAACUUAUUUUGGAUAAUAUUUGUGCAAUGUUGGAGAGAGAUAUGAAGUGCAACAAUAGAUUGAUAAAUGGAAUGUGGAACUGUGGUUGGAGGCAUGGAUUUUCUUGUGAUGAAGCUGAACAAGCGGUUAAUGAAGUAGAAAACAUGAUUUUAGGUGGAUUAAUUGAGGAGAUUAUUGUAAAUUUAUGAUUAUAUAUUUUGAGACAUUUUGGAUAUACAGCCCUUAGUUAUGGAUCUGGGUUGUGUGCGAGAAACUGCACGCAAUCAGCCACAUCUAAACAGUCUAAUCAGACAGGACAGAUUUGAAGAUCGGUAUUUUCGAUUUUAAAAACAAAAAUGCAUUGAAAUCUAGUUCUUCCGAUCUUGAUCGAAUGGUCCUGAUGUAGCUGACUACGUGCAGUCAUACCGCACACGGUCCAAAUCCCUUAGAUAUCAGCAUCUUCACCUUGUAUAUAAUAAGGACUAAGAAAUUGACCACAGGAAGGAUAGAAGAGUUGAACAAGUUGGCUGCAGAAGUUGCAUAAUUUUUCUAUGAAAAUAUUUUUUAUUCUAUAACUCUCAUA